AUGAAGGUGCUUGACCCAGCGCUUCUGAUCUUGAUUUGUCUGAUGCUCAUCAUUGCCCUGGGUGGGCUGGCUGGAAACUUGGUUGUGCUCUGGAUCCUGGGAUUCCAUCUACAGAGGAAUUCCUUCUUGGUCUACAUCCUCAACCUGGCCAUGACCGACUGUGCCUUCCUCUGUGUCCUGAUUGUAUUUUCUCUGGUGGAAAUCUUAAAGUACUUUGACCCUGCCAGCAAUCGCUUUAUGGUCAGCAUUGUGAUUGUGUUUCUCUACUUCACAGACAUGAGUAUUCUAAGUGCCAUUGGCACUGAGCGAUGCCUAUCCGUGCUAUGCCCCAUUUGGUACCGCUGCCAUCGCCCAAGUUAUAUGUCAGCUGUCACAUGUGCCUUGCUCUGGGCCCUGUCCUUGCUGCUGACCCUCCUGAAAUGGUAUUACUGUGAGGUCUCUUUUGAUUGUUGUUGGCCAUUUAAUUUCUUCCUUUGGGGGUGGGUGAUUUUCUUAUCUGUGGUUCUCUGUGGGUCCAGCCUGCUUCUGCUGGUGAAGGUGUUCUAUGGCUCCCGGAGGAGGAAGAUGACCAGGCUCCUUGUGACCAUUCUGAUCACUGUGCUGGUCUUCCUACUGUGUGGUCUGCCCUUUGGAACUUAUUGUCUACUAGUUUCCUGGAUUCAGAAUAAGUUUUGUAAGUUAGUUUAUUUUGUGUCUUCUCUGCUUCUCUGCUGCAUGAACAGCAGUGCCAACCCCAUCAUUUACUUCUUCGUUGGCUCCUAUAGGCAGGAGAAGCAGCAGAAGCAGCUACAGAAGCUGAGCCUGAAGGUGGUUCUCCAGAGGGCCCUGCAGGACACUCCUGAGGGGGCUGGAAAUGGAGGAGGUCCCCCUCAGGAGAGCUUGGAGCUAUCAGGGAGCCAGGAGGUGCAGUGCUGA